AUGGCGUCCCCGGACCAGCACCUCACCGCCGACGAAAUCAACCAGUUUCUCGACGACCUUGACACAAACGAGCAGAAGCUCGACCAGGUGUAUAAGGAGAUCGCCCCGGUUCCGAAGCGCCACCACCUGCACCAUGAUAGCAAACGAGACGAUGCGCGACACGCCUUCCUGCGCCAUAUAAUCGGCUCCGAUCAGAGACGUAUAUCGCGGGCGAAUAUGUUCCAGCGAGUGCAAGAAUGGCAGAUCCCCUCGCUUCAGACGGAGUCCAAAAAUGACCAGGACGAGAACAGCUACGUUCACAGCCUGUCCUUGUGGCGACGCAUCCGCGCCUACUGGAGCGUCCAUGGUCCCAAGAUUCUCUUCCUCAUGCUGGUCGUCUCCAUGCAGUUGGCAUUCGGCAUUUGGCAGCUCGUCAAGUACCUCACGACCAUGCAGUAUCGACACGCGUUCGGAUGGGGCGCCGUCCUGGCAAAGACUUGCGCCGGCUUACUCUACCCGACAUUUUUCUUCCUCCUACUAAGCAUGUCCCGAUAUUUCUCGACUUUUCUGCGCAAGUUCUAUUACGUCUCGAGGUUCGUCAAUUGGGAUCUUUCGCAGUCGUUUCAUAUUAAGAUGUCGAUUCUCGCGCUGGGGUUGGCCUCGUUGCAUGCUAUUGGACAUCUCACGGGCUCCUUCCUCUACGCUAGUAGACCGGCGCAGGAGGAGAAGGUUGCUAUAGUGCUGGGGCCGGAUGCGGUUCCUCGUCCCUAUGAGGACUACGUGGCUACCCUGCCGGGAUGGAGCGGCGUCGUGUGUCUGGCAUUGUUCUGGACCCUCGCGUUACUGAGCACGCCGGUCGUGCGACGCCGGAGCUACGAAGCCUUCCAAAUCGGUCACCUGCUCAUGUACCCCAUGAUAGGUCUGCUGAUGGCCCAUGGCACGGCCGGACUCCUACAGUGGCCGAUGCUAGGCUACUGGCUUGCGUUCCCGACACUGCUGAUUCUCGUGGAGCGCGUAAUCCGCGUUGCGCUGGGUUUCCAUCGCAUCCCGGCUACUUUGAAGGUCAUGGAUGCGGAUACCGUCGAGAUCAAAGCGACAAUCCCUAGCGAGCGCAUCUGGAAGUAUGAAGCAGGACAGUAUAUUUUCCUUCAGGUCCCGAAGCUUAGUCUCUUCCAGUGGCACCCAUUCACGGUCUCAGUGUGCAUCGGUCACGAGAUGCAAGUCCACAUCAAGACGGACGGCGACUGGACUGGCCGAUUGAGAGAUCUAGCUGAGGGUCCGCCGCCAACGCAAAUUGAAGUCGGCAUCAAUGGCCCGUUUGGUGCCCCGGCACAGCGUUUCUAUGACUUCAGCCACAGUAUUGUAGUGGGCGCUGGCAUCGGCGUGACGCCAUUCUCGGGUAUCCUGGCUGAUCUACAGGCCCAUGAUGACCAAGCCCAUACUGUAUCUGACGAGACUACCGACUCGGAUGCAUCCGGCGAGAAACCGCCACAGCCGGAUAGCUCCUCGGGACAGGUUGAUCCUGCCUCGCCGUCGUCAGACGAACCCUCUCCUAUUGCCGACGAUUACCGCCGCGUCGACUUCCACUGGAUCGUCCGCGACAGAAACUAUCUCCUCUGGUUCUCGGAUCUGCUGAACUCCGUUUCUCGAUCACAGAUGCGACACCGUGCUCAAGAGGGAACACCACAUCUCGACAUUCGAAUUCAAACAUACGUGACGCAGCGACGCAAGAAGAUCACAACGCACGUUUACCGCUGGCUUCUCGAAAUGCACCGCACUGAGGAGCACCCCGAGUCGCCGCUUACCGGACUCAUCAACCCGACUCAUUUCGGACGGCCGGACUUCAUUGAGGCGCUGGACGCGCAUUACGAGGAUAUGCGGAAGGUGAAGGCAUCCAUGACGAAGCGGGAGCUGGAUUCAAGGGAACGGUUGAAGAUCGGGGUCUUUUUCUGCGGGGCGCCUAUGAUCGGUGAGAUUUUGGCGGAUCGUUGUGCGGCGCUAUGUGCGAGGGGCCGAGAGGAUGGAAGCAGGAUUGAGUAUCAUUUUGUGACGGAGGUUUUUGGUUGAUGGUCGUAUGGAAAGGGGGUAUUCUUGGUUUCAGGGUUUUUGGGUAUUGAUUCGCAUGAGUUGUCUCGACUAAGAUUCUUAAUUCUAG